UCCUCUCUCUUUCCCCUUCUCUCUCUAUAUAUUCAUUUCCACUCAUUCUUCCACUCUCACACCUCUCUCCCACUUCAACUUUCUCUCUCUAGAUUUCUUUUCUCUCCCUACACUCCAUUUCGGAACAAUCCAGCUUCAGCUUGCUUACUCUACUGUUUCUCUCUCUACAUUUGUUAUCGGAAACUUGGAUAACUUUGACAAUGGCCACUCACGAGGAAAUCUCAGCUCUCCAAUUCAUCAGACAACACCUCCUAGGUGAAUUAUCUCCCGUGAGUUCGAGCUUCGUCUCCGACGAAGUUAGCACCAGUGAUCUAUUCGAAUUUAUCCCAAAUUCCAUCACUUUCGAGCAAAUUCAAAAUGAUUUCUUUGGAUUCGAAUCAAAACCUCAAAUAAUCGAUCUCACCAGCCCAACGUCGUUGAAUUUGGACUGUCAAUCGAAUUCUGAGCAGAGAUUCAACGACCGCAGGUCUUCGUUGAAGAUCGAUGUGGCUCCGGUGAAGAAACUUGAAGUUUUGGAAUUAGCCGAGUCGACUCAGCCAUCGACGCUACCUUUGGAUACAGAGGAGGAGAGAGUAAACUACAGAGGAGUCCGGCGAAGUCCGUGGGGCACGUACUCGGCGGAGAUCCGAGAUCCGAACCGGCGCGGGUCUAGGGUUUGGCUCGGCACAUUCAACACCGCUAUUGAAGCCGCCAAAGCGUACGACAGAGCCGCAUUCAAGCUACGUGGAAGCAAAUCUAUUCUCAACUUUCCACUCGAGGUCGGAGGGAAGUCGUAUGACCCAGUCGCCGCCGUGGACGGCGGCCGGAAAAGACAGAGAGACGUGGAGGCAGAGGUGGAGCAAAAGCCGUUCAAGAAGGAACGGUUGCCGGAAUCUGACAAUCGUCAUCCGUUAACGCCGUCUUCUAUUUGGACGGCCUUCUGGGAUGAAAAUGUCAACUGUAGCCUAACCGUCCCGCUCUUAUCGCCGUUAUCUCCCCACCCGCCGUUUGGUUAUCCUCAGCUUGUCAUAUGAACAUCUUAAAUAUGGAGUUUAUACAAAGACGGGCCAUAAGAUACUGGUUUUUCAAAAAAAAUGGAGAUAUUAAAUGUUGAUUCAAUUUAUUUAUUUUCUCAAAAUCAUAUACGUACUAAUAAACUGGGUGAUCUCUUGGAUAUUUUUAAAAUAUUAAUUGUUUAGAGAAGUAAAUUUACUCAUACAAUCUAAUUAUGUGGCAGCUAAUGAAGAACUUUGCCCAUUACAACAUUUUAUCAUGCAUUUCAACCAAAAAAAAAACAAUAAAAAACAUUUUAUCAUGCAGCUUACAGUAAAACAUUUUUUUGAACAUGUUUAUAUGUUAAUAUGCCUUUUGUCAAGACAUGAAAAUGUAAAAGUGAUGACAAAAAUUAAAUAAAGAAUUAUUUCUUUAAUAUACAAUUUUUAAGUACUGACUUGACCAGGUGUACCUGGCUGGCAUCACGCUAAUGCUUUCAAGAACCAGUGCUCUCGAGAAUCACAUAUCUUUUCUUUCAAGAAAGGCUUUCUUUUUCCAAUCGUGUAAAAUUUUGCAUAAAUAUUUAAUACGAUCUAUGGGAAGCCACUAGUCUUUUGAAAAAUUAUAGUUUGGACUGAACAUAGGGU